AUGCCAAGCAACGCUCAUUGUAUCGUCCCUGGCUGCUCAAAUCGUAAAAGCAGCUGCAAGUUUGGUUUGUUUGAAACUGAUGAUGCGAACUCGCAAGGACGAAAAGUGUUUGUGAAGCGUCGUCUAUGUGGAUCAGAUCUGGCUCGUGUUGGCUGCGGAGGAACAGCAGAGGUCUGUAAAGCUGUAUCUUUUCAUCGUUUGCCUAAAGAUUCGGAUCGACGCCGGCAUAUCAGGGCCGAGUGGCUUGCCAAAAUACCAAGAGUCAACACUCCUCUUUCUGGAAACUCGUAUGUCUGUGGGGUGCACUUUCCUGGUGGUCGACCUGUGACGGAGGACGAGCCACCUUCCCGUUUCUUGGACAAAGCCGUCGUAGUGAAGAGGAAGAGCCGUGUUUCGACAGGCGAAGUCAGUCGACCCGUUGAAGCGAUUGAUAUUGAUGACGAUGUUGAUUUACCAGUCACAGAUGAAUCGGUGCCUGAGGCUGCAACACUUUUAGCUGACCAUGAUUAUGGUGAAGUUCCCGUUCUCCAAGAGAACAAAAUAAAGACUUUGGAAGCACAAGUGGCUAAGUUGCGGUCCCAGUUGGAGCAGGCCUUGUACAAUUUGGAUGAAUCGGAAGAAGCUUUGCGGAAAUGCCAACUCCAUUACUCGAACAUCCGACAUGACAACAAGAUUGUACUGUUUUACACGGGCCUGAGUUCUCUGGCGUUUGACUUGUUGCUGGAUCAGUUGCGGUGUGGAUGUCAAGACAUGUGCUUUGCUACUAAAGUGCCAGCUGAUUUCCUUGGCCAGGACAGCCGUGGCAGACGAAGAGCAUUGGUGUAUGAAGACGAGUUGCUAUUGACCCUUGUCAAACUUCGGCAUGCUUUCCCUGAGUCAGAUUUAGCACUGCGAUUCGGAAUAGAUCAAUCCACGGUGUCCCGAAUAUUUUCAACGUACAUUCGUUGCAUGUACUUCUCUAUGAAAGAAGUGGACAUUUGGCCGAGCCGGGCUCUGAUUGAUCGCUACAUGCCCGACGUCUUCAAAGACAAGUACCCACGCACCCGGGUAAUUAUUGACGCAACAGAGUUUCCCAUUGAGAAGCCAGCCAACCCAACUGUACAAGCAGCCACCUGGUCGAAUUACAAAAACAGGAACACUUUCAAACUGUUAGUUGGUGUGACACCUACCGGUGCAAUAUCGUUUCUGUCUCCUCUUUAUGGCGGGCGCAUUUCUGAUAAGAAACUGACAAAGCGAAGUGGGCUAAUGAAGUUGAUGGAGAAGGGUGAUGCCAUCAUGGCCGACCGUGGUUUCGACAUUGCCGAUCUGCUACCGGAGGGUGUCGAUCUCAACAUACCCCCGUUUCUUGGUUCUCGAGAUCAGCUUGAUGAAGAAGAGGUGAUCGAAACUCGGCGUAUUGCUAGCGUGCGUAUUCAUGUGGAGAGAGCAAUGGAAAGGAUCAAGAACUUCAGGAUAACUCACUUCUUAUCUUCCGUGUUGUGCCCUUUGGCUGAGCAGAUCAUAUUUGUGUGUGCAUUCCUCACUAACUACAUGGAGCCCCUGGUACCUCCGCCUGUUAGUAAGCCAUCGACACAGUCUGCACACUUUUCCUCUGCUGCAGAAGUUGCCCAGAUAUCACCAGAUGCAAACAUUUCUGCAGUGGCUGUUUCAGCUGGCACAUUUCUUUCACCUGCCAUUACUGCUUCUGCUGCUGCUUCCGCUGCUACCAAGUUGUCAUCUGCUGUAGCUGCUACUUCUGCUGCUACGAACGUGCCAUCUCCUGUAGCUGCUACUGCUGCUGCUAUCAGCGUGCCAUCUUCUUCUGUAGCCGCUGCUGCCUAUGUGACCACUCCCGUAGGAAAUGUGGCCUGUGACUGCUGCAAGUGCCGCUUACUUUGA